AGUUGUGCUCGUGCGACUCUCUGAUUCUUGCUCUCCGAACAGAAGUAGAGGCCUCCGAGCUGUUCAGUAGUUCAGUUCAUGGACGAGCCCAGAUUGACGUCCUGUGUUUCUUUAGCCUAGACCUGCGAGCAGUUCAGUUGUUUAGGUUUCCAAGUGUCAUUUUCGAUUUCCGUAGCCAAUCCUGCGCUACUCGUACUGUCGUUCUGUUUCCAUGUCGUGAUAGUGCUCGGAAAUCUGUAGCCUAGGAAUCGAGUUUCCACGGUACCACAAGAGCACCCGUCGUGGUUCAGGCGUCGACGUCAACGUCAACGUCCUAGGCUUCUGACGCACCAAAGCUAGCCGGGAGGUUCGCGAAACUGACCUGUUAACUUUUUUUCCGUCCCAGACAUUUGACCCACCACGGUAACGUCUGCGGACUUACACGUAGGGCCAACCCAGCCGCUGAGAUAUAAACCCCGUUUUUCCAGUGGUUAAGGGAGCGUGGAGAAAACCGCGUUCUCUCGCUAGAACUGACCGAUUAACUCUAGUCCAAUGUGGUUUACAGACGAGACUUCCGCCCUACCGCUGUGACUGCUGCGAGGUUUAAUCACCGUUCGACUGCUGUUGCUGCUGCUGCUGCCACUGCUGGUUUUAAGGUGGAUUACAGCAGUGCCCUUCAAGGCAUGUCGGAGUUUGUGAUAGAAGCAUUGCGAUAUAGGUAUUCUUCGUCCUAAGCCUGACGCGAACCCUAUAUCGCAGCGUACAUCGUUGCUGCUUCCCCGCUUCGAACCAUGGCGGACUUCGGCGAUUUCUCAGACGGUAGCGACGACGACGUUGAACCCACAUGGCUGCCCGACCAACGAAACGUUUCCGAGAAUCUGCCCGAGCCAAUCGGAACGGUGGCUCGAUCUGGCCAGCUCGGCGCGCCUCUAGGGAUCGCACACCUGGCACUCGGCGCGGUUACGGCCGCCAUGUCAGCGUAUAAUCCGGGGAAGGCGAAGGCGGAGGGAGACGGUCUGCCACGUGUACGCAUGCUGAGCUGUCUGCAUGCGCUUUUCACGCAGCUGCACGACCCCGGCGGCGAGGAGACGGCGGACGGAGGUUCUCUCACCCGUCCACCUCUAGACGCGGCUCAGCUGGACGGCCUAGAGAAGGCAGUGCGCAUCCUGCACCUGCGCUACCGGUCGUGCCUGCGCCCGUUGACCCGAGGCAAGCUGCCGUCCCGCACGGAGCUCAAGGAGAUGCGGCUCAGCGCGCAGGCCAUGGGGAUCAGAGCCGCCAUGAUGAUGGUGGACGGCGUUCCCAAGGGCGAUCCCCGUCGAGUGCCCCUCUUUGCCUUCCGCACCUUUGCUCUUCGCGCCGAGCUUGACUCCCAAGCCUUGCGCUCCAUGCCCGAACCUGCUGCGGCUGCUGCUGAGCCCGCCAGCGCCACCACCGAAGUUGUUACCCAUAUCACCCCUCCUGCAACUGCAAACGGAUCUCUCCCUCACUCCUCCUCUCACUCGUCCUCUCUCUCCUCUCCCCCCCGUUGGGACGUAGACUCCUAUCGCAUUGCCACAGCGCCGCUGGAAGAUCUGCUGGAAGAUCUGACGGACGAGGUGCAAGCUGUGUGGGAGGCCUCCCAACGGACGGUGUACGAUGUGGCGCUCGCGCUCGCACCAAUCCUGGCGCAGUAUUCCCUGCUGGGACGAGCCGUCCAGUUGGUGGUUCAGGAGAAUCGGCAGGUGGGGUGGGAAGGCAAGGGCACUGGAGUUGAUUCUUGUAGCGGAUGUGACAGUAGAAGAAGGGGAGGUAGUGAGUGCAGUGCUGGUGGCAGCAGCAGUACGGGAAUCAGCAGUAUGAGCAGCUUAAGCAGCAACGGCAGCAGUGGCAGCAAUGGUGGUGGCAGCAGCAGUGGGGGUGGGACGGGAGAAGGCAAGGGGACUGUGGACCGAAGCAGCAGCACAGAGGCAGGUGGAACCGAGGGAGGUAGUACUAAUACUGACGCUGUAGCAGGUACUGACUCUAGCACCGUAACAGACGCUGCGGCAACCAGCAGUAAGGGCACCACUAACCCUACCACCAACUCAAUCACCACCAGCAGUACGACUGGUGCUGCUGCUGCUACGACAGCCCGGACAUCCGGCCGACUGACUGUGCGGAAGCACGCACGAGUGGUCCCAGCUGUAGGCGACGAGCUCAUCCUGUGGGAUGACGGGCUCGACGACGUGCGCGACCUCUUUCUCUCAGAUAAGCGCGACUCACACUCUACCGCCGACUCCCCCUCCUCCACCUCCUCCUCUUCCUCCCCCGCCUCCUUCUCCUCCUCCUUCCCCCUCGGCGCGACUGUGCGAAUCGACUCCAUGAGCGAUUUCAGCUGGUUUGUCGCGUGGAACGGCACCUCCCCGGUGGACAGCAUCCCCAGUGAAGUUUCAGUGAAGCGUCUCCUGCACUCCAUAGGGGCGCCUUCCUCCCGCCACGCGGCGCUGAGGUCGUCGGAUAAAUCGCUGCUCAUGGCGGUUACUCUGCCGGAGGUUAGGGUGGAGGCGGAGAGGAGGCUCCCUGGUCGUAUGCCAAUCAUAGGAGGGACCGGGGGAGGAGCAGGAGGAGCAGGAGGAGCAGGAGCAGCGGGAGGCGCAGGAGCAGCAGGAGGAGGAGGAGUAGGAGGAGCAGCAGGGUCAGCAGCGGCAGCAGGGAGGGCGGGUGUGGGAGGCAGGGCGGCGAAGCACCAGGCGCUGCUACGGCGGUCCUUUGCCAAGCGCCUGGAGUCAGUACCAGACGGCACGGACCUAGAGGAGCUAGAGCCCGCUAAGCCUAUCCCAUAUGAGGAGUUAGAGAGGGCCACCCAGGGGUGGGCGGAGGGGGCUAUCCUGGGGGAGGGCGGCAGUGCGGUGGUGUACAAGGGGUGUGGGCCCGAUGGGCAGCUUUGGGCGGUGAAGCGCGGGAAGAAGGCGGGGAUCACACGGCUCAAGGAUUUCGAGAAAGAGAUCCACGCAGUCUCACAACUCCGCCACCCUAACCUGGUGCGCCUGCUGGGCUUCUGCGAGGAGAGGGAGGAGCUGGUGCUGGUGUACGAGUAUGUGCCCAACGGCAGCCUCCGGCAGCACAUCAACCCCAUCAAGGGGGAGGCGGCCAUAGAGGGGGGUGGCGUGCUGUCGUUUGACAAGCGCCUGGAGAUCGCCCUGGGGGUGGCAGAGGCCCUGCAGUACAUGCACGGGGUGCACCCAGCUAUUAUACACCGAGACGUGAAGACGCUGAACGUGUUCCUCGACAACGACUUCCAUCCCAAGCUGGGGGACUUUGGCAACGUGAAGGCGAUCAGCGACGAGUCAACGUCGCCCACGCACACACGUGUGGUCGGCACUCCGGGCUACCUGGACCCGCAGUACUGCCAGACGAGCAUCGUGUCCGACCGCUCGGACGUCUACAGCUUUGGAGUGGUGCUGCUGGAGCUCAUCACGGGCAAGGCGCCAGUGCUCAAGGAGUCAGACGACGCCGGGGAGAGAAUGGCGCUCGCCAAAUGGGCCACCCCGGCCAUCUGCAGCGGCCACACGGACUCGGUGGCAGACCCUGUGCUUCUAGACUCGUGCGUGCCGCAAUCGCUGCAGGCGGUGGGCAGUCUGGCCGCCAUGUGUGUGCAGCGCUUACCCAAAGACAGGCCGGCCAUGGGCGAGGUGGCGCGGCGCCUCAAGACCAUCCGCCAGCAAGCCCUAGCAGCUGCAGCCACGGCAUCUGGCAGUCUCCGAGGCUUCCCCGCGCUCGGCCGAGCCGGGUCAGGCUCGAGCCGACCCUCCUUCUCCCGAACCUCCUCCUCCUCCUCGACCUCUGCAUCUUCCUCCACCCCUACCUCCCGCUCCUCCUCCUUCCGAGAAGGUUCAUCCUCGCACUCGCACUCGCAGCCAGCUCAAGUGGUUGUGAGUAAGUCUGGUGAGAUAAGAGGAGGGGGGAGAGGUAGGAGUGGAAGGGUAGGGGGACAGCAGCAGCAGCAGCAGGAGAAGGAGCAGCAAAAGACCCCUCCUCACACCCCGAAAACACACAGUGGUCCUAUCUCUGUUGCUGCUGCAGGGUCUGCGGGUGCUGCUGGUGCUGCGGAUGGUGCUCUCUCCCCCCUUCCUUCCGCUGCGUCCGCUGCUGCUUUGCCCAUGCUCUCGCCGCGCAUCCCCGGCGGAAUCAACGUCUUCCAAAAGGAUUUCUGGCGGCCGAAAUUUUCUCCGAUCCGCUCGAAAUCUGACGUCAAUCUUGCUAACCUGCCAUCCGAAUCAGGGUCGGAGGGGAGGGAAGGGAGGGAAGCUGAGGAAUCUAGAGGGAGGGAAGCAGGAGGAGGAAUGGAUCUAGAGGGUUCGCUGUCGGCUGCGGUGGCGGCAGGAGUGGCUGGCGUGGGGAGGGAGAGGAGGGUUGGGGAGGCGGUUGAGAGUGGGGAGGAAGUGGAGGAAGAGGAGGUGGGAAGGGGGGUUGGGAGGAGGUGGAGGGGAGGAGAUGAGGAGGAUAGGGAUAGUGAGGGGAGUGGUGGUGGAGGUAGGAGAGGUGGUAGUGGUGGCAGUGUCAGUGGCAGUGGGGUUGGGGGUGGGGGUGGGGGUGGUGGCGGGGGUGCCUCUGCUUCUCCCGUCCGGCUCGUCUCACCCAAGCCGGCUUCUCGUCCGUUCAGAGGGUUUCUUCCGCACUCCAAGACCAUUUCAGCGGGGGAAGUUCCAACAACGCCCACAACGCCAACCACACCAGGGAGGCCCAGGAGCAGAGGGGAAGGGAGCAGCAGAGGGGAGGGAGGGAGUGGGGGGAGGAGGGGGAUAUUCAGGAGGAGUGAGAGUGGGCAGCCCAGUAGGGAGCAGGAGAGGAGGGGGAAGGAGCAGAAGGCAAAGCCGGAGAGGAGGAGUUUGCAGCAGGAGCAGCCACACCACCAGCAGUCGCGGCUGCGGCAGCAGCAGCAGCAGCAGGAACGGGACGGGGAGGAGGAGGAGGAGGAGUAUGGAGCACCGUUGUCUCCCCAAAGUCGAGCGAUGUAUGGGCAGGAGGAGGAAUGUGGUACAGACACCCGCCGGCCAGACCCCCAUAGUAGACCAGGCAGCCAUGAAGGGAAUCUUCAUGGGUUUGACCCCCAUGGGUUAGACCCCCAUGAGCAGGGUCACUGGGAAGACGAUGAGCAGGAAGAUGGGGGGGAGUAUGGGCAUGGGACCGACCGAGCACAUGCUCAUGCACAUGCGCAGAGGAGCCAAGACAGACAGGGACAGGGCCAGGGGCAGAGUGACGGGCAGAGGCACAGGGGGGAGCAUGGGCGGGGGAGGGAGCAGGCGCAGGAGCAUGCCGCGCCAAAGCAGCCGUCGAGAAUCCCCAAGUCGAGAUCGCUGGAUCUGGCGUCUCUGAUGCUGGGGAUCCCGCACUCCAGGACGAAGGAAGAGGUGGGGGCUGGAGGGGGGGGAAAGGGAGGAAAAGGAGGGGGGGGUCAACUGUCCCCUACAGGAGGAGGGGGAGGGGGAAGUGCCAAGUCCCCGCGGGGGGGAGGAGGGGCCAAGUCACCACGAAUGGCGCCAUCCUCGCCGCUCCCCGAAACUGCCAAGAAGUUUCUGUCGGCGACUCUGGGGAAGAAGAAUAAGAUGAAGGAGAUCCAGGCCCUGACAACAUUGCAGCACGCCAACCUGGCGGUGAUUCUGGGGUACGCCAUGGAGAAGGACGACGUGCAGAUCGCCUACGAUCUCCCCCCCAACUCCGUUGCUCUCGAGAGCUGCCUUUUUCCAGAGGGCGUGGACGGCGACUUCCUCCCUCUGCGUGUGCGGGUGAAGGUGGCCAUCGGCGUGGCCAAGGGGCUGGCGUUCCUGCAUUCGAAGGCCGUUGUGCACGGCAACCUCAUGUGCUGCAACGUCAUGCUGGACGCGAGCUACACUGCCCUGCUGACGGGCUACGGACUGGCAGCCAUUCUGGCAAAAGGGUCGUCCAAGAAGAGCCUCAAGGGAUCCGAGGGCAUGGGCAAGGACUCGUUUGACUUCGGAGUCAUUCUCUUCUCACUCCUAACGGCCCGGCAGGGCGCGCACAGCAUAGCCCUGCAGCAGGGCGCCGAGGCGCUCUUCGACUGGGCCGAGCCGUACACGGACGACCUCGCUAGGAGCGCCGAGUGUGGGAGUGCGACUCGGCGCAUGGUGGUGCGCAUGCUGGACGUGCUGGCCAAGGAGUGCAUGCAGGACGACCCCAGGUGUCGACCCAGUAUGGAGGACCUUGUCGUGCGGCUGUUCCGCCUGCAGGACUCGCUGCAAGCACAGUAGGGUUAGUGAUGUGGCACCAGUGGCUUAAGUUAUGAUGGGGUGCGAGGAGGCACAUGGUGGUGCGCAUGCUGGACGUGCUGGCCAAGGAAUGCAUGCAGGACGACCCCAGGUGUAUGGAGGAUCUUGUGACGAGGCUGUUCCGGCGGCUGCAGGACUCGCUUCGCUAUAAGCACAGUAGUGUGGGGAGGGGACUUCUGGCGUAGCAGGGCCAUAAAUUAUGCUGGAGUGCGACGAGGCGGAUACGUAUGCUGGACAUGCUGCGGGCCAAGGAGUGCAUGCAGGACGACCUGAGGUGUAGGCCUAGCAUGGAUGCCCUUGUGGUGAAGGCCUAGCAAGACUACCUGCAAGAAUAGCGACAAUGGAGCUGCUUUAGUGGCACGGCGAACUUCAGUUUCUCUAACGUGGGUGUACUAGAUAACCGGCUAACCAGUUAACUUAUAAUGCCCAGUGGUUAGUGAGGCAAGAGUCAAGAACAGUGCAAUAAUGAGAAAAACAGAAACAUCGGUGAUGCAGAGGAUAUGAUGUAGUGAUCAUUUAUGGUGUGAUGUGGUGAAAGGUAAUGUGGACAUUCGAUUUGCUGGCAAAUGU